ACCCGUUCACGAGUAUGACGCAUGGCCAGCCUUGCGAGCCUUCUCGCAGUGUGAGUGUCCAUGGGCGGCGGUAUCACCUAACAUCAGAGAGCCUCCUUCCCGUUUGCCACCUGCAACAUAAAAAAGAGCCCCUAGCCACUGUUCUUAAUAAUAAAGACUUUAAAUAUUGGGAUUUUGCACAUGAGCAAACGCAAGAAAGAAGUCGGGGCAGAAAUGAAGCGUGGAUGUACAAAACCCAUUUUUUGAAGGUAAACAGGUCUUUUAUCAACAAAAUGUUCGUACGAGGUCAUUAUAUUGAGCGUAACAUUUAAAAUAUAAUUGAAAAUUAACAUUUUCAGUUGGAUAUUUAUUCACAAUGGUGCUGUUUUUAGCAGUUCUGUUAAUAAAAUUUGCGUUUUGUGAUAGUUCGAACAUUUUAUUUCUGGCCAUAAUACCGCUGCACAGUCACCAGUCAGCCUUAAGACCUGUGUACGUGGAUUUGGCCAGCCGGGGUCAUCAGAUGACGGUGGUUUCAUGUUUUCAACCGAACGAAGUACACGAAAAUAUAACGCACAUAUAUUUGAAGCAGAUUUUACACGGUCUCUCCCAGUUUUUAGGGGACGAUAUGAAAGCCACAGAUACACUGAAAUCCCAGCAAUUUACGACUUUUAGAGGAUUAAAUUACGCUCUAGAAUCCAUAUUGAAGGAUGAUAUGAGAGAACUGAUAAAAAGCGGAAAAAAGUUCGAUUUAAUAAUCACAGAAGCAUGUGUCAGAUUCUCGACAGUGUUUUCAGAAGUAUUCCAAUCACCAAUGGUGUUGAUUAGCACACUCGGAGGAAGUUUCGAUACCUUCCGUAUGGUCUCAUCACCGGAGCAACCGAUACUGUAUCCCAUUGGCAUCAGAAAGAGAUUCACAAAUUUAACAGAAAUGGAGAAAGUUGUGGAGACGUACCGACAUUUUGAUUUGCUUAAAUUGUUUUAUGAUAUGGGUGAAUUUGAUGAGGAAAUGGUGAGGAAGUACUUGGGUGAUGACUUUCCAUCAAUACACGAAAUAAAUAAUAAUAUAGAUUUGAUUAUGUUAAAUUUACAUCCGUUGUGGGAUUCCAAUCGACCGGUACCGUCUAAUGUGAUAUAUCUAGGUGGCUUGCAGUUACAAGAGCAUAAAGAAUUGUCACAGGACCUACAGACUAUACUGGACGGAUCAAAAGAAGUGAUCUUUAUGAGUUUUGGAAGUGCCGUGCGUUCGUCUAUACUGAAUCGCAAGAAAAUUGAUAUGUUUGUGAAGGUCCUGUCAGAGCUACCAUAUACAGUGUUGUGGAAAUGGGAUACGGAAGUGGAAAAUUUACCGGAAAACUUUAUAAUUAGGAAGUGGUUCCCACAGCGUGACUUACUGAGACACCCCAAAAUAAAGCUCUUCAUCACGCAAGGUGGUCUUCAGUCCGUGGAUGAAUCCAUAGAUGCCAGAGUGCCAAUGGUGGGCGUGCCAGUACUUUGGGAUCAAUUUUACAAUGUGCAUAAAAUUGCUGAUCUCCAAAUUGGUGUCAUGUGCGACGUCCAAACAGUUUCUGAAGAACAAUUCAGAAAUGCUGUCGUAGAUGUACUAACAGAUCAAAGGUACCGUAUCAACAUAAAUAAACUACGAAAUGUCAUGAACGAAAAGCGACAGCGUUCCCUGGAGAAAGCAAUAUGGUGGAUUGAAUAUGUUGCACAACACAAGGGCGCCAAGCAUUUGCGUUCACCGGCUUUUAAUAUGAGUAUCAGAGAGUAUUACGAACUUGAUUUGGUGUUAUCUGUAAUACUGUUCAUUAUGAUUAUAAUGUUCCUUGUUAUUCGGCUUUUAAAAUAUUGUUGUGUCUUGUGUAUAGGUGUUAGGCGUGAUACAAAAGUGCGUUUAGAGUAAAUAAUUUUGGAUAGGUAAUAAUAAUAACAAUAAAAGCCUUUAUUCAGAUAGAAAAUUUUACAUAACUUUAAACUUAUACUAUUAUCACUAGUGAGUCGGUGACACCGACAACCCAUCUGUUUGCCCUUUGGCAAAGGCCUCCUCCAUUUCUUUUCACUCUGCUCUGUUCUGAGCUUUCCUGGUCCAAAUUUUCCCAGUUACGGAUUUUAUUUCGUCUUCCCACCUUCGAAACUACCUACCUCGUUUUCUUUUCUUAUUGGAUAGCGGUAAUUUACUUUAAUUCGUUCUAUAUAUGUCGCAGCCAACUAGCUUGAUAAGCCGAUAAAUUAACAAAUAGCCGUUUAACUGAACGGCGCCAUUUAACUAGCGGUCUGAAAGAUAUUCAGCCGUAGCGUUUGUUACAACAUUAAGGGUCUUUUUCACAAUGUACGAAUAAGUUCUACAUAAGUUCCAAAUAAGCUAUUCAUUACUUAU